AUGGGGGCCGAGGCAUGCAAGCCGAUGACAGCUUGCUGCGACAGCAGAACCCCUUACGAGAGCAGCUUCAUCCCAACAACCGCGCUCCACUCGUCGGCGUACCGAGGUUCAUUGCCGGGCAUCAAGUUCGAGCUGGACAAGGGGGUAGACGUGGACAUGGUCGAUGAGAGGGGUCUGACAGCUCUGCAUUUCGCCGCGAAAGAAGGUCACCUCGAUGCUGUCACUGAGCUGAUCAAGAACGGAGCCACAACAUCCAUCAGAGCCAAGGGCUUGAUGAACAUGACUGCUCAGGAGGUCGAUGCCGUGGAGCAGUGGUUUGGACCCACUGGACUUGCUGGCAAACUUCCAGAGCACAACCCCACGAAUUUCCACGAGCUCCCGGCGGGAACCUGUCUAGAACACUUGCUUCACGCUUCGCCCUGA